AGUUUCAUUCUGGUUUUUGUGCAACCUCGAGGAUUUCUCCCCAAAGCCGAACCGUUUCACAGAUCGAAUCACAACUUGAAUGGCCACCCCUCAUACACCACGAUCACGGAAGUCACAGGUACCACCGCCAGAUACACCCCUAGUCCCUUGCCACACCUCACAAUUUGAUUAUCGCACGGGGGAUCUGGAGCUAGGUCGCGAGGCUGUUCUUACUGACUUGAGAAGGUAUCUGCAGGUCCCGUUCGGUUCACUAGCGAAGUGUGUUGGUGCCGUGCCUUCUCAGCAGCUUCUGGAGGAGAUGCGCGACGACUUCAUACGAAGCGAGAUUCUCACCGACAACGGCCUGGAAUGGAAGGACUUCAUUCGACCUGCGAAAAUGUCCGAAGAGAUGUCGUUCAAGCUCGAGGGAAUCAUCUCUGGAAUCUUGGAACAAGUCCCGAAUUGUGGAGUAUCCUACCUAUCGAAUCCGAAUAAAAUGCUCCUCUCAGAGCGCCAUAAUACUUCCCUGCCGGAUGGAUACCUUAUGCAUUGGUUCGAUAUCGCUGUGCCAUUCGAAUUCAAGAAGGAACAGGAUGCCAAAGCUUUCCGAGACAACGAACAUAAGAUAAUCUGGAGCCUUCACAAUAUCAUGCGCGAGGACCCCUGUCGUCGGUUCGCCUUCGGUAUCACAAUCGAGGACACGCAAUUGAGACUGUGGCUCGGCAAUCGUGGGUUCCUCGCAGUUACAGAGCCUAUGAACUGUUUCGAGGACAUUGAUGGCGUCAUCUCUCUGUUUUAUGCUCUUGGAUUUGCGUCUGCGUCUACCUCCUUGAAAUGGCUCGGAUGGGACCCCACUGUCGAGCGGAUCCGUGUAGGAGAAAAAACGCAAUACAAGUUCACAGUAGGGGACGAAGUGUUCACCACGACACGGGAACUUGCCACCUACGGCGCGGACUCUAUGGUUGGGCGUGGAACUCGCGUGUACGAAGCCACGGACGCUAAAGGGAAGAAGGUUGCCAUCAAAGAUUCGUGGAGAGAAAUUGACCGUCAAUCUGAGGGCGAGAUCGUAGAAAAAAUCUUGGCCUCCUGCGAGAAGAAGCUAGGAGCAGAGGAUUUCGCCGAUGCCAAGAGACACUUCAUUGGAGUCCGGCUCUGGAAGGAUGUCACAAUCGACGGCGCCUCGGAUGAGACGGUGAACCCGAUAGCCGGAGACGAGCAUGAUGGCAUUGGCACCUGGAAGUGGAAACCUAUCGAUCUCAAGCCCAUCCUCUCCGAAAGGCUGUAUUUAUCUACUACAGGUGCCGUACCCGACAGCGGUAGACUAUCUGCCUUCCUUCCCGCACAAUUGGGCAUUGUUGGGCGAAAGGAAACACGAAUCUCACAGAGAGAUGUGAUCUCUCUGGCCGACAACCUGAGUUGCUUGUCUGGCGGACUGAAGGCCCUAUCUUAUUUGCACAAAGCAGGCUGGGUCCAUCGCGAUUUCAGCGUCGGGAACGUGAGUUGGGUCGUCGGCGACAACAGGGGUAUCGGCAAACUGAGUGACUUCGAGUACGCGAAAGAGAUAGAUUCAAACACUUCUCACGACGAUCGAACGGGAACAAUGCAUUUCAUGGCGAUAGAAGUAGAAUAUCAGGAGUACUUUUUCCUCCCCCGAGCUUCCCUUCCACCUGCUAGUACAUCUCUUGACACAGACCCUCCGCUCCCUCCUCCAUUCCGCAUGCACUUCCUGCACGACAUCGAAUCUGUAUGGUGGGCAUAUACGUGGAUCUUUUAUCACACGGACACGAUCACGGCGAACUCCAAUAAUUUCUUUGAUGUGCAUGCGCAGUGGAGACAAUUCCAUCUGGCGUUCCCUGGUGCGAUUUGGCAGGGAACACGCCUGAACUUCUUCACUCAAAUCCGAAGACUUCAGUGGACCUGCAAAUCUAUCCUUUCAGAUAGAUGCUCUAAUGUCUGCAAAAAUAUUCCUCAUUUCGCACAGACUCUCCGAGACAGUUAUGAAACGGCAGAGUCUAAAUACCCCUUGCUUGCGCUUGAUGACUCCCUUCUGAAAGACAUGCAUAGAAAAGCCGCAGGAUAUCUCGAUGAUGCGCAACAGAAUGCUGGUGAUACUAUCACUGGCGGGGUUUUUCAAAAUGGGUAUUGGGUUUCAAAAUUCGCUGAUCAUCAUAUCGCGAGCUGUACACUGCAUAAAAAUAUUCUGUGA